AUGACUAACGAAAGUGUUUGGACAGAGAAAUUGGACAAUCCAACCCUUUCAGUGUUACCACAUGAUUUUUUACGCCCACAACAAGAGCCUUAUACAAAGCAGGCCACAUAUUCCCUACAAGUCCCUCAACUCGAUGUACCUCAUGAUGGUUUUUCCAACAAAUACGCCGUUGCUUUAAGUGUAUGGGCUGCCUUGAUAUAUAGAGUAACUGGUGAUGAUGACAUUGUUCUCUACAUUGCCAACAACAAGAUAUUAAGAUUUAACAUUCAACCAACAUUAUCGUUUACUGAGUUGUACUCUACUAUAACCGAUGAGUUAAGUCAGCUUGAGUCCAUUGAAGCAGAUUUCUCUUUCGAUGAUUUGGCUGAAAAAAUUCAGCGUAAUCAAGAUUUGGAGAGAACACCUCAAUUAUUCCGUUUGGCCGUUUUAGAGAACCAAGAUUUCAAACUAGAUCAAUUUAAACACCAUUUAGUGGACUUUGCUUUGAAUUUAGAAACUAGCAAUAAUACACAUGUCAUAAACCUGAUUUACAACAGCUUGCUGUAUUCAAGUGAUAGAGUAAGCAUUUUUGCGGACCAAUUCACCCAGUACUUGACUGCCGCUUUAAGUAACCCAUCCGUUUGCAUAACUAAGAUUUCUUUGAUCACUGCAUCUUCUAAAAACUGUUUGCCUGACCCAACAAAGAACUUGGGCUGGUGCGACUUUGUGGGCUGCAUUCAUGAUAUUUUCCAAGAUAACGCCGAAGCUUUCCCAGAAAGAACUUGUGUGGUAGAAACUCCAGCAUUAAAUUCAGACAAGUCGCGCUCUUUUACUUAUCAAGAUAUCAACCGCACUUCUAAUAUAGUCGCACAUUACUUAAUCGAGACAGGCAUCAAAAGAGGUGAUGUCGUGAUGAUUUACUCUUCAAGAGGUGUCGAUCUAAUGGUAUGUGUGAUGGGUGUCUUGAAAGCUGGUGCAACUUUCUCUGUCAUUGACCCUGCAUACCCUCCAGCUAGACAAACAGUUUACCUAGGUGUAGCUAAACCCCGUGGGUUGAUUGUUAUUAGAAGUGCUGGCCAAUUGGACCAAUUUGUGGAGGAUUACAUCAAGGAUGAACUGGACAUCGUGUCUAGAAUUGACUCUAUUGCUAUUCAAGAGAAUGGUGCCAUUGAAGGUGGGAAAUUGAAUGAGAGUGGAGACGUUUUAGCCGCAUACGAACAUUUAAAGGAUACCAGAUCAGGUGUGGUGGUAGGUCCAGACUCUAACCCAACAUUGUCCUUUACUUCAGGCUCUGAAGGUAUUCCUAAAGGUGUUCUUGGUAGACAUUUCUCCUUGGCUUACUAUUUCAAUUGGAUGUCCAAACAGUUCAACUUAUCACAAAACGAUAAGUUUACAAUGUUAAGUGGUAUUGCACAUGAUCCAAUCCAAAGAGAUAUGUUUACCCCAUUAUUUUUAGGUGCCCAAUUAUAUGUUCCUACGCAAGACGAUAUAGGUACACCAGGUCGUUUAGCUGAAUGGAUGGGUAAGUACGGAUGUACUGUGACCCAUUUGACACCAGCCAUGGGCCAAUUGCUUACUGCUCAGGCAACAACUUUGUUCCCCGAAUUGCAUCACGCAUUUUUUGUCGGUGACAUUUUGACAAAACGUGAUUGUUUGAGGUUACAAACCUUGGCUGAAAAUUGUCGUAUUGUUAAUAUGUAUGGUACAACUGAAACGCAGCGAGCUGUUUCGUAUUUUGAAGUCAAAUCAAGAAAUGAUGAUCCAAACUUUUUGAAGAAAUUGAAAGAUGUUAUGCCAGCGGGUAAAGGUAUGUUAAAUGUCCAAUUAUUAGUUGUCAAUAGGAACGAUCGUACUCAAAUAUGUGGUAUUGGUGAAAUUGGUGAAAUUUAUGUUCGUGCUGGUGGUCUAGCUGAAGGCUAUAGAGGUUUGCCAGACUUGAAUAAAGAAAAAUUUGUGGACAACUGGUUUGUUGAGAAAAACCACUGGAACUUCCUAGAUAAGAAUAGUGGUGAACCUUGGAGACAAUUCUGGUUGGGCCCAAGAGACAGAUUAUACAGAACCGGUGACUUGGGUCGUUAUUUACCAAACGGUGACUGUGAAUGUUGCGGCAGAGCUGAUGAUCAAGUUAAAAUUCGUGGAUUUAGAAUUGAACUAGGAGAAAUAGAUACACAUAUCUCUCAACAUCCCUUAGUGAGAGAAAAUAUUACUUUGGUUCGCAAAAAUGCAGAUAAUGAACCAACUUUGAUUACAUUUAUGGUCCCAAGAUUCGAUAAACCAGAAGAGCUAUCUAAAUUUCAAAGCGAUAUUCCAAGCCAAGUUGCAUCUGACCCAAUAGUUAAAGGCUUAGUUGGUUAUCAUCUGUUGGCCAAAGAUAUCAAGACUUUCUUAAAGAAAAGACUUGCCAGUUACGCUAUGCCUUCCCUAAUUGUUGUCUUGGAUAGUUUACCAUUGAAUCCAAAUGGUAAAGUGGACAAGCCCAAACUUCAGUUCCCAACCCCUAAACAACUAAAUUCGGUUGCAGAGAACACUGUUUCUGAAAUUGAUGACUCUGAAUUUACCGAUGUAGAACGUAAAAUUAGAGACUUAUGGUUGGAGAUAUUACCUACCAAGCCAGCUUCUGUAUCGCCCGAUGAUUCCUUUUUCGACUUGGGUGGCCAUUCUAUCUUGGCUACUAAGAUGAUUUUCACCUUGAAGAAAAAGUUGCAGAUUGAUUUACCAUUGGGGACAAUUUUUAAAUAUCCAACUAUAAGGGCUUUUGCUGCAGAAAUUAGUAGAAUCAAAACAUCUGAUGGGUCAUCUCAAGAAGAACCAAAGGCAACCGCUACUGCAGAUUAUUCAGAAGAUGCUAAAAAAUUAGUUGAAACUCUACCAAGCUCUUAUCCAUCACGUGAACCUUUUAUUGAACCUAAUAAUGCUGAGGGUAAAACCACUAUUAAUGUGUUCGUAACUGGUGUAACUGGCUUCUUAGGUUCUUAUAUCCUAGCAGAUUUGUUGAACCGUUCUUUAAAGAGUUAUAACUUCAGAGUCUUAGCUCAUGUGAGGGCUAAAGAUGAGAAGUCAGCAUUCGAAAGAUUACACAAAGCAGGUGUCACAUACGGAACCUGGAAUGACAAAUUUUCCUCCAGUAUUGAAAUUGUGUUAGGUGAUUUAUCAAAAAAACAAUUCGGACUUUCCGAUGAGAAAUGGACAGAUUUGGCAAACACAGUUGAUGUAAUCAUUCAUAAUGGUGCUUUAGUUCACUGGGUUUAUCCAUACGCCAAACUAAGGGACGCUAAUGUCAUUUCCACGAUUAAUGUGAUGAGUUUAGCGGCCGUCGGGAAGCCAAAGUUUUUUGAUUUCGUUUCUUCCACUUCCACGCUUGAUACUGAGUAUUUCUACAAGCUUUCUGAUAAACUUGUCAGUCAAGGAAAAUCUGGUAUUUUAGAAUCGGAUGAUUUGAUGGAAUCUGCAAGUGGGCUCGGUGGUGGAUAUGGCCAAUCUAAAUGGGCUGCGGAAUACCUCAUUAGACGCGCAGGUGAAAGAGGGCUACGUGGGUGUAUUGUCAGACCAGGUUACGUAACAGGUGCAUCUACAAACGGUUCCUCAAACACAGAUGAUUUCUUAUUAAGAUUUUUGAAAGGCUCAGUUCAACUGGGCAAGAUUCCAAAUAUCAGCAACACCGUAAAUAUGGUUCCAGUAGAUCAUGUGGCCCGUGUUGUCGUUGCCACUUCUUUGAACCCACCAAAGGAUAGUGAGUUAACUGUGGCACAAGUCACAGGUCAUCCAAGAAUCUUGUUCAAAGAUUACUUAUAUACUCUGCACGAUUAUGGUUAUGAUGUUGAUGUUGAAGACUAUUCUGACUGGAAAAAGUCGUUGGAAGCAUCUGUUAUUGACAGAAAUGAAGAUAAUGCAUUGUAUCCUUUGUUACACAUGGUCUUAGACAACCUUCCUCAAAGCACCAAGGCUCCAGAAUUGGACGAUAGAAACGCUGUGGUAUCCUUGAAGAAAGACAUAGCAUGGGCAGGUGCUGAUUGGUCUGAUGGAAUGGGAAUUACAUCGGAAAAUGUUGGUAUUUACAUUGCAUUUUUAAACGUAGUUGGAUUUUUACCUCCACCAACUCACAACGACAAAAUCCCAUUACCAAGUAUAGAACUAACUCAAGCACAAAUCAGCCUGGUCGCUUCAGGGGCUGGUGCACGUGGAAGUUCUGCAGCCGCUUAA